UCAGAUGAUUUCUUCAGGGUCUCAACCAGUUCAGCUGUUCCCAUCAUCACUGGUUUGGCCGUCACUUUGGCUGUUUGCCUCCUGUUUGUUUUAGCAGGAGGUGUUUUUAUGUGGAGACGGAGACAAAACAUCACCAAAGGAAAUGCAGCCGUAGGAAAGAACCAGAUUGAGAUGGCAGAAAGUGUCCAAGAAGGAGAAAUUCUCAUGAAUAAUCCAUCUGACUCAAGAGAUGAAACAUUCAACCAUAGAUCAAAGAAGCAGCAGAGAAUCGAGGAAUUAGAAAAGGAGGUGGAGUCUGCAAAGGAAGAGGUGACCAAAUUAAUGUCUGAAAGCCAGAAACUCAAAGAGGAGAAACAGCAGAUGCAACUUGAUCUGGAUAACAUGAAAACAGAGUUGGAGGAGCAGCUCAGGGAGGAGAAGAAGAAGAGAGAGAAAUCUGAGAAAGAUCUGGAAGACCUGCAGAAUGAAAACCACCAGCAUUGUGAUGACCUGAGGAAAGGAAAUUGA